GGCGACAGACUGAAAAAGCAAUGGGUCAAAGUCAAAGCGGCGGACACGGUCCCGGUGGAGGAAAGAAAGAUGACAAGGACAAGAAGAAGAAGUAUGAGCCACCAAUCCCCACCAGAGUUGGCAAGAAGAAGAAGAGGACAAAGGGGCCUGAUGCUGCCAGCAAGCUGCCUCUAGUCACCCCACACACGCAGUGCCGUCUGAAGCUGCUGAAGCAGGAGAGGAUCAAGGACUACCUCCUCAUGGAGGAGGAGUUCAUCAGGAACCAGGAGCAGAUGAAGCCUCUGGAGGAAAAACAGGAGGAGGAGCGUUCCAAGGUGGAUGACCUGAGAGGAACCCCCAUGUCAGUGGGGAACCUGGAGGAGAUCAUCGAUGACAACCACGCCAUCGUGUCCACCUCGGUGGGCUCGGAGCACUACGUCAGCAUCCUGUCCUUCGUGGACAAGGACCUGCUGGAGCCUGGCUGCUCUGUUCUCCUCAACCACAAGGUCCAUGCAGUGAUCGGGGUGCUGAUGGAUGAUACCGACCCCCUGGUGACGGUGAUGAAGGUGGAGAAAGCCCCUCAGGAGACCUACGCUGACAUAGGAGGACUGGACAACCAGAUCCAGGAGAUCAAGGAGUCAGUGGAGCUGCCCCUGACUCACCCAGAGUACUAUGAGGAAAUGGGCAUCAAACCUCCCAAAGGGGUCAUCCUCUAUGGAGCCCCUGGCACAGGUAAGACCCUGCUGGCCAAGGCGGUAGCCAACCAGACGUCGGCCACCUUCUUGCGUGUGGUUGGCUCGGAGCUGAUCCAGAAGUAUCUAGGAGACGGGCCCAAGCUGGUCCGAGAGCUGUUCAGGGUGGCCGAGGAACACGCCCCAUCUAUCGUCUUCAUAGACGAGAUUGAUGCCAUCGGAACCAAGAGGUAUGACUCUAACUCAGGAGGAGAGAGGGAGAUCCAGAGGACCAUGCUGGAGCUUCUCAACCAGCUGGACGGCUUUGACUCACGAGGAGAUGUCAAGGUCAUCAUGGCCACCAACCGCAUAGAGACACUGGACCCUGCUCUGAUUAGACCUGGUCGUAUAGACCGUAAGAUCGAGUUCCCCCUGCCGGAUGAGAAGACCAAGAGGAGGAUCUUCCAGAUCCACACCAGCAGGAUGACCGUGGCGGAUGAUGUAACCCUGGACGAGCUCAUCCUGGCUAAGGAUGACUUGUCAGGAGCAGACAUAAAGGCUAUCUGUACAGAGGCAGGGUUGAUGGCUUUGAGGGAGAGGAGGAUGAAGGUCACCAACGAGGACUUCAAGAAGUCCAAGGAGAACGUCCUUUACAAGAAGCAGGAAGGGACACCUGAGGGACUCUACCUCUAACUCCCCCAAACCUCCACCCCUCCCCGGUCACUCCCCCAAACCUCCACCCUCCCUGGUCACUCCCCCAAACCUCCACCCCUCCCCAUCAUCCGACGUCUUUCACUACUUCAGUCUCUGUAAAAAAUAAAUGAAAAGGCAUCAAUCCUACAUCCUGCCCUUCUUUUAGGCCCUGUCUGAUUCAACCUGAUGGGAUAGGUACUUCAGUUCACAGCUGCCUUCAAUCCAGUCCCAUAUCAGAUCUCAAGAAGGUUGUACAGCAGGAUGUAUUCUAGCCGGAUGGUACCCCUGCCACCCAGACUCACAUGCAGAUCUCUUAACUUGAUGUUAGCUGUUCAUUUCCCCUCUCUGUAGAAUCUUUGGCUGUAAUGUUGUGUCUGAGCGUGGCUGAGUAUUACAUGUUGGCACAAUGGCAAACUACACACCUCUGGAUUUGUAUUUACAAUAAAGUUUGUAUUGAUAAUGAAAA